UUCUUUCUUGUUCUAGUUCUUCUCUAAGUCUAAGGUUUCUCUUUACCCAAACUCAUUUAAGUAUUUUAUAAAUAAAAAAAUACUUUGGGCCCAUUUGAGAUGGGUGACAACAAAGGGGAUACAAGCAAGAAGCAGCCGCAACAACAACAAACACAGCAACAGCAACAAAUUUCACCUUCUCCAAACGACCCCCUUGAAGAUCAGUUACUACCAACAGAAAUUACAAGACCACGCCACCAUCAACAGCAGCCUCCACCGGCUGCUGCCCCAUUCAAUAUUCCUGCCCCUUUGUUUGUUCCAAGUGGUGCUGCAACUUCAUCUUCGUCACCCUUUGAUCAGCAACACUUUGAGGCAGCUGUGAACCCCAAGAGACCUAGAUAUACAACAGGGCAAUGGAAGCUCCUACCUUCUCCUUCUUCCCAAACAAAACAAACCCAAAUACCAAUUCUCGCCAAAGAAUCAACCCCAUCCCCAAACCCAAAGAGUACCCAAUUACCCCAACCUCAUGUUACACCUACCAGAGCAGCUUCCUCCUCAGACACAGCUUCAUCACCACCGGCACACUCUCCUCUGCCUUCAUUAUCAGCAACCUCAGGGCAGGACACAAACAAGACCGAGGGAGAUCUUCAAAACCCAGUGCACAACCAUCAAUUCAGAAAGGGAAAGUAUGUGAGCCCAGUUUGGAAACCAAAUGAGAUGUUGUGGUUGGCCAGGGGAUGGAGGAUUCAAUAUCAAGGUGGGCCAGCUGGUGGGUCUUCAGAUCAUGGGUCCGGCUCAUCUUCGAGAACAGAGCAAAUACCAACAGAGACAGGUACCCCUCACACCAGAAGCAAAACAAGAGCUGACAAGGAUAGGGAAGUAGCUGAGUUUCUUCAAAAGCAUGGAGUCAACAGAGACGCAAAAACAGCAGGUACCAAGUGGGAUAAUAUGCUGGGAGAGUUUAGAAAAGUCUACGAGUGGGAGAGAGGGGCUGAGAGAGAACAAGUUGGGAAGAGUUAUUUUAGACUUUCGCCCUACGAGAGAAAGCUGCAUAGGUUGCCUGCCUCUUUUGAUGAAGAGGUUUUUGAGGAACUUUCACAGUUCAUGGGGUCUAGAAUGAGAACACCUCAGAGCAGAUUAGGCUCAGUUGGGGACGAUAGUCGAUCGGCUUUUGUUGUGACAAGAAGUCUAACCCAGCCGCCUUCUUUCAAAGAAGACGAGUUCCCUCCCUCAGGUAGCAAGAAGCAGCUAAUGAUCAUGAGCGGUGGAGGGGAACCGUUUUACCAUGGAGGAAGAGGGACCUUGCUAGGGUUUCAUCAUCAUGAUCAGUCUUCCCUAGACUUCACUGCAGGCCUCUCUUCGUCUUCUGCUUCCAAAGAGCUUCGUCGAAUUGGAAAGAUUCGAAUGACAUGGGAAGAAUUAGUGAGUUUGUGGGCUGAAGAAGGUGAGCACCACCGCGGGAGAGUGAGGCUCCAAGGCUCGAGCUUCUUGAAUGCCGACGAGCUCACUUUCUUUGAUGAUUCCAUGGUUGCUUCCACCAUGGAAGCCUUUGAAGAUGGACCUCUUAGAGGCUUUUCCGUUGAUCGGUUUGUGUCUGGACAAGUAGUCAAAGUCUUUGGCAGAAGAAAGCCUUCAUCAUCUACUUCUGGCUUCAAUGAAAAAGUCCAGCUUUCCUUACCAGAAUCUGCUUCAAGAUCUAUUCCUUCAACCGAAUUUCAAGACCCAACUGAGUACUACGUGGGAUGUCUUGGAGCCCCGCCGCCAUCGCUUCCGAGCUUACCCGAGCUCCAAUGGUACUUACAAGAGCCGCCGCCGGAGGAACUCCGCUUCCCACUCCGAAAAGACGUCUACCGCGACUUACCACAAGGAAAAGAAAUCUUCUUCACCACCUCAACCGAAUUGCUAGACUGUAGAGCCAUCACAUACGACAUCCUUAGCCCCAUCAUCCGAACAAACCCCAGUCUCAGUGCAUCCACUGCCACAAGUAGAGACUCUUUCAUUCCCAUUUGGGACGACUGCAUCAAUAGGCUCGUCUCCAAAUUUUGUUCACUCGAAAUGGUCUUCAUCCGCAGGCCCAACGCUUCAUCACCAACCGAACCCUUACAAGAUCAAUGGCCGAACGUGACGGGGUUUGUUCGAAGUUUUUGUUUAUGGAGAGGAGAAGAAACCGAUCAACUAAGAGACAGCCAUGACAUGAACCCAUCUAGCUCAAUCGUUGAGAAAAUCUUAUGGACCUACAUGGACCUUCCUUACAUAUUCGGCUAUUAUGCAAUUGGUUAUGUGGUGACAUUUUGUGCAUUAAGCCGAUCUCAAGAUCGAAUAAAUCGUACUGAUUUAGCCACCAUUGAUCUGUCCUCACCCUCAGAGAGACUCAAAGCCCUAGUCCCAUGUUAUCGAAUUGCCGGGUUAUUGCCAUUGCUAGCCGAUCGGUGCUUCAACAACACCAAUUGCAACAAAUUGCUUCCCCAUAGUGAUUUCGAGAGACGAGACUUGGGCAAUGGAAGAAACAUAGUCGAAAUGACACCAACUACGGUGACUCGAUUUUUCUCCAACGUUCGAAAAUGGACCGCGGUCAAAGAAAUCUACGAUUUUCUCGACCACAGAAUACCCCAUGCAGAAUUUAUCCACAGGUCGUUGGAAAAAGAUUUGGGUUUGGUGUUCAAGCCAAGAGGGUGCAAGUGCAAGCCUACAAACUGUGAGCAGCUUGUGGAGGCGCUCAAGUACGUGACCAAAGCUUUAGUGGCACUGCACGACUUGUCGUUCAUGCACAGGGACAUAAGCUGGGAGAAAGUGAUGAGGAGAACGGAAAGAGAGAACGAGUGGUUUGUUUGCGGGUUUGAGGAGGCGGUGGGGGCUCCACAGAUAUACCCGCGACGAGCUGUGGCGGCGGGGGAGUCGGCGGCGCGUGUGAGGCACGCACCGGAGAUGGAGAGAGGGUUGCAUGGGGUGAAAGUGGACGUGUGGGGAGUGGGGUAUUUGGUGAGGAACUGUGGGUUGACAGGCGUGCCGAAGAUGCUGAGGGAGCUUCAAAAUCGGUGUUUGGAUCAAAACCCCGAGCAGAGGCCGACCGCAGCCGAUUGUUACCACCACCUGCUGCAGCUGCAGUCCUCUCUGCAGUCAGCCACAGCUGGUGGGGCUCUGAUGUGACCCUCUCUCUCUCUAACACAUCAUUGUUAUUAUGUAUUUAUUAUUAUGAUUAAUGAAUUGGCGUUUGUUAAAGUUAUUUUACUUUUGUAUGUGGUUGGUUUUUAAAUUUGAUACCUUAAAAUGAAGAAAAUGGUUGGGAUUUUCA